UCUUCUGUCUAUGUCAACAUAUUUAACCUGCCUUAACUCUGCCUAAUAUUUGUAUAAUAAUUAUUGAGUUGGUAGCCUAAAACAAAUGAUCAAAGAAGUUGUAGAGUGUGAAAUUGUGCAUAUUUUUUAAUUUCUUAUUUACAACAAUAAAUACAAUCUUGCAAAAUGGAAGGAAGAGAAAAACCUGAACACUUGUUAGCACUCAAAGUUAUGCGACUAACAAGACCAACAUUAGCAAGUCCAGUUUGUGUACAAACAGAGUCUACUGAUCUCCUUGGAAUGGUUUUGAACAACCAGUUAAAAAACGACAUAACUGCAGUUCCUGGAGCUGAGUCAUUUGCCAUAGGACAAUUCUUACUACUACCACAAAGUUUUGGAAACAUUUACUUGGGUGAGACAUUCUCAAGCUAUAUUUGUGUACACAACGAUAGCACUCAAUCUGCCAAAGAUGUUACAUUGAAGGCUGAUCUUCAGACAAGUUCUCUCCGUAUCCCACUUACUGGACACCAAGGAGACUCAGUAGCCAGAGACUUGGAGCCUGGUCACAAUCUGGACGAGGUCAUACAUCACGAAGUCAAGGAGAUCGGAACUCACAUACUUGUGUGUGAAGUGAGCUACUCUCCCCAAUCCCUGACCAGUAACAGACUCUCGUUUAGAAAGUUCUUCAAGUUUCAAGUUGUCAAGCCAUUAGAUGUGAAAACAAAGUUUUACACUGCAGAGUCAGAUGAAGUUUACCUAGAAGCCCAAGUGCAGAACAUCACUUCUGGACCAAUCAGUUUGGAGAAGGUCACCUUGGAAUCAUCUCAUCUGUUUAAUGUAACGGCUUUAAACACCAAGACGAAUGGCGAGUCCGUGUUUGGCCCGGUGAACUGUGUUCCGGCCAACGCCAGUAGACAGUUCCUGUAUUGUCUGCGGCCUCAGGCCUCCUUGACUGAGGACCUGAAGCUACUGAGCGGGGCGACCAACAUCGGCAAACUAGACAUUGUGUGGCGCUCCAACCUGGGCGAGCGUGGUCGACUGCAGACCUCUCAGCUGCAGAGAAUGGCCCCAGAGUACGGCGACAUGCGUUUGUCUGUACAAGAACUGCCCAACAUUGUACAAUUGGAAGAACCUUUUGACUUCCAGUGUCGAAUCAUCAACACUUGUGAAAGAACUCUGGACAUAUCACUGAGACUGGAGUCGUGUCCCGGCUUGGCGUGGUGCGCUGUGUCUGGGCAACAGCUGGGCAAGUUGGAGCCUGGACAGUCGACAUACCUAACACUGACUGUGGUGCCUCUACUGCCGGGACUACAGAAUAUUUCUGGUAUUCGCUUGGUGGAUACGUUCCUAAAGCGGACCUAUGACUACGAUGAGCUCGCUCAAGUUUACGUCACAGAAGGAGUCGGAUUUGUUGCUGCGUAAAGAUCACCUACUUACACAUCCAUUCCAGCAGUGUUAUGAUUGAAAAGCUUUACCGAUUAUUGUAAGAAAAAAUAGCUGAGCUGUUGUUAAUGUUUAAUUUAUAUUAAAUUAUUAUGAUUUGUUA